GCUGAUUAAUGGGCGGCGGGGCCGGCCACAGUGGUCCCUUGGGGCUGGUGAAGCCGCUGUCGUUGAGAAAUACAGCGGAUGGCCCGGCGGUUUCGGGGUUGGUUCAGCGGUCCGGUGGGCAGGACUGUCCACUGUAAGCAACGGCCACGCAGCAAAAAGAUUUGGAAUAGGCUGCAUCGUGACAAAUGCAGUCUUUCAGGUAUUUGAAAUUGGAAUUAAUAUCAGGGAAAAAAAAGAUGAAUAAUGGGUUAUAUGGUAUUUGAGAUGUAUAUCUGGAAACAAGAAGAAGAGUGUAUAAGUUAUUCUUAUUCUUAUUAUUUUUCUUGCGUUGUCAUCGUCGAUGACACCAUUCCUAUUACUGUUCCUCGGACGCUGGAAUGGCUGGCGUAUGUGUUGGAGAGAAACCAAUAUCUGCGCACAAUCAGCAAUUUGAAGCUUAUUGACAAGGAAAAAUUUUACUAUAUUCAAUUUAGCAUUAUAUUCUGGACUUUUCAGCAUUAUUUUUAUAAUUUUAUACCAUCAUAGUGUCCACAUAUUCAACGUUGCAUCCUCUCCCACACAAAAAUGGUCAGCCACAGUUCUGCCGCGCCACAGCAACCAGCCUCCUCUGACGCCCAAGCCCCAAAGAAGGAGCUGACGAUUCCAGUGACGAGCCGCCGGUUACGCCAACCUGUUCCAACAGCUUCCACCAACGUAGCCCUUUGGCCUUUCUCCUCGUCGUUCUUGGAGAUCCGCACAGCGCCUUCACGGCAAAGAUAUUUCUGACGCCAUUGUCUGCCUCUUCGUCACCUGGCAAGCUACCCGCUGAGCUCUUUGUUGGCGUUUUUGGCCCGUGGUGCCCGGACCUGUACCCCCCACCACCGACGACAUCGCGACUCUUCCUGCACAUCAUCUCUGGCCGCUGGCUGCUUAUAAACAAUGGCGAGUGACGCUGCUAAUGCGCCCAACCUAAACCUCUCCCCAGAGGAGAAGCGAGUAUAUGGCCAACUCUUUCGCCAAGCCGAUACCGAAGGCGUAGGAAUCGUCACUGGCGACGUUGCCGUAUCAUUCUUCGAAAAGACACGCUUAGACUCUAGAAUCCUAGGAGAGAUUUGGCAAAUUGCCGACAGCGAAAACCGAGGAUUUCUUACCCCUGCUGGGUUUGGCAUCGUUCUUAGACUUAUUGGCCAUGCCCAGAGCGGUAGAGAGCCAACAGAAGACCUAGCUCUGCAGCGCGCACCGCUACCUCGAUUCGACGGCAUCCAGUUACCCGUUGCUUCUCCCAGUCCACUACAGCAGCAAGGAACGGGUGGCCCUAUUCGCAUUCCUUCGUUAACUCAAGACAAAGUUGCUCAAUAUUCCAGCUUAUUUGAUCGUCAAAAUCCUCAAAAUGGGCUAUUAGCUGGCGAACAGGCACGCCAGAUUUUCGACAAGUCUGGCUUGCCCAACGAGACUUUGGGCCGCAUUUGGGCACUUUCUGAUACUGAGCAGCGUGGAGCCUUAUCCCAAGCUGAAUUCGUCAUUUCCAUGCAUCUGUUGACCUGCACCAAGGCCGGUACUCUGCGUGGUCUCCCAAGCGUUCUUCCACCCGGGUUGCUUGAAGCAGCCUCUGGGCGUGCCAACGCCGGCUCACCCAGAGGAAAUGCUGCCACGGCAAUCCCCCGCCAGCUGAGCGGUAUGGCCCAGAACAGAACUGGAAGCCCCCUCAGCCGAUCGAUUGGACCUGGAGAUUGGGCCAUUACACCUGCCGACAAGGCAAAGUUUGAUCAGCUUUACCUUGAUCUUGAUCCCACAAACAAGGGCUUCAUUACCGGUGAAGAGGCCGUGCCCUUCCUGAGCAAGUCUAAGCUCUCCGAAGAGAACCUCGCCCAGGUUUGGGAUCUUGCUGACAUCAGCUCCACUGGUCAACUGAGUAGAGACGAGUUCGCCGUUGCAAUGUAUCUCAUUAGACUCAACCGACUUGGCAGCCCACUCCCUGCCACCCUGCCACCUAACUUGAUCCCCCCGAGCAUGCGCAGUCAACCACGCCAAGCCGCAACAUCUGCCUUCUCUCCCCCACCCAUCAAACAGGCACCCGUUGCUCAGCCCAAGUCGGCGUUGGAUGACUUGUUUGGCCUGGACUCAUCUGCUCCCAGCCCUGCGCCUCUCGCACAGCUUCCUAUGUCAACUGGCGGUUCUGGAAGUGAUCCAUUCGCUGGAGGUACACCAACAUCACCUGUUCGUGCUGCUACCAUCGGCCCUGGAAGCACCUUCAAGCCAUUCGUUCCCACGUCUUCUUUUGGCCGCAGCUUGAACACAGAAGGAAGCGGCACGCCCCAGUCCGCUUCUGAUGAUCUCCUCGCUGACCAUGACCCUGAAGCUACUAAGAAGCUUACGGGAGAAAGCACCGAGCUGGCCAACCUGUCAAACCAAAUCGGAUCUCUUUCAAAGGAGAUGCAGGAUGUUCAGGGCAAGCGUACUGUCAUUCAAGGUGAAUUGAACCAGACAAACACACAAAAGCAAAACUUUGAGCAACGUCUUGCCCAGCUCCGACAGCUGUAUGAGAAGGAAGCCAAGGACACUCAGGCUCUUGAAGAGCAGCUCCGGAAAUCGCGUAGCGAUACCCAAAAGCUUCAAGGCGAAUGCCUUACUCUUGAAGGCACAUACCAAGACGUUAAGCAGCAGCAUGAUCAGCUUUCAGCCGCUCUUCAGGCUGACCAGCAAGAAAAUGCAAACCUGAGGGAGCGCAUCCGUGUUGCAAACUCUGAAAUUUCAACCUUGAAACCCACGAUUGAGAAGCUUAAGAUGGAGGCUAGGCAGCAAAAGGGUCUCGUCGCAAUUAACAAAAAACAGCUUUCUACAACUGAGGGAGAGCGUGACAAGCUAAAGUCAGAGAGUGAGGAGCUUGCCAAGGGCGGUGCUGCUGCCGUUGCCGCUGCCGGUGUUGCUGAGGAGGUCAGCCGUAAUGCCGAUACUAACUCUCCUGGUGCUGUGACCCCAAACCGAGGAGCUAGCCCAGCAUUGUCGACCUCAAGCGCUAAUAACCCCUUCUUCCGUCGAACAACCAGCACUGAUAUUCUCGGCGUCUUUCCUCUCCCUCAGUCAAAGACGGAUAAGUCCGUAGAAGACAUGUUUGGACCGGCUGGCGAAUCAACCGCCAGCAAUGCUUCAUUUGAUACAGCAACCUCUACGCCAGUCAUAAGUCGCCAGGCUACUCUACAAGCUGAUCAGCCACCGGCGCCCCCUGAGUCCCGACAGAUCAGCUCUAGCUUCCUACCUUUCCCCGACCAGGCUACCUCGCUUUCCUCUUCUCGCCAGGUUUCUCCUCCCGCUUCCCAAAUAGGCGGCUCGGCUGCUACAGGUACUGAUUUCGCCCCUACUGCAGAGCAGAGCGAGAAGGUAUCAAGCAGGCCUGCUGCUGAAUCUGAAGCCAAGGCCGAUGUGGAUCAGAGUAAGGCUGAUGAUCCAUUCGGCCAAGAUGAUGGAGCCAAGGCCAAGGCAGACUUUGAUAACGCCUUUGCCGCAUUUACUAGCGCCAAGGGCAAGAGCGCCGCCCCUCACAAUGGCGAGAAGUUGAAAUCUGCCUUUGAUAGCGAGUUCCCUCCUAUUUCGGAGUUGGAGCAUGAUGAUGAUGAUGAUGACUCUGAUUCUGAAAGCGAGCAAACAGGUUUUGAUGAUGACUUUGCCACUGCUGAUGCCGAUGCAAAGUCCAAGGCUACCCCUGUUAAGCAAGAGCCCGCCACCGAAUCCAAGAUCGACGAAGCUGUAACCCCUACGGCGAAGGCCGCUGUAAAGCCGACGGAGAAGGCUACGGAAGCUGCAGCAUCCGCCGCACCGGCGACUAGCGCUGAGUCGAAGGAUGCCUCUAUUGACGACAUCUUUGGAGCUGCUGCACCAGCUGCGAACUCGUCUAAAGUAACCUUUGAUGACGAUGACGACGACUUUGAUGGCCUUGAGGAGGCCAAGGAGGGAUCUGCUGAUGACGACUUUGCCAACAUUUCUCGCUCUGGUCUAGAGGACUACAACAACGUGUUUGACAGCAGUCCUCCAGGCAAGAGCGACACCACAGCCUUUGGCAACGAAAGCACCUUUGACUUUGUCAACAGCGGUGCCAGCCAAAGCAAGGGGUCUGAUUCGCAUGAUUGGGACGCCAUCUUCUCCGGUCUUGAUUCAACUGACAAUGCGGUUGAGGAGAAGUCUAAGCCUGCUGAGUCUUCCGAAUCGCGACCUGCUGGUCCCGGCAGAGCCUUGACAGACAAGGGUGAACAUGAUGAUCCCAUUCUCAAGAACUUGACCGGUAUGGGAUACAACCGCAAGGACGCCGUUGCUGCGCUCGAGAAGUACGACUACAACCUUGAAAGAGCUGCCAACUUCCUAGCGAGCCAAUCCUAGGAUGGAGUCUGAUGAUGUAUCAUCAUCGUUAGUGGGGAUGUGAGGCGAAAUGAACGCUAUAUUAGGUUUCCUGUUCGACCUCAGUGUGAGUGUGUGCUGUUGUGUCUGCCACGUCAUUUCUUUUUGUCUUUGGGUUGCAAAUGUGCCUGUACUAGGUAUCGUUCUUUACUUUUCCUGCGUUGCUUCAUUUGUAUGUAAUCAUAAACAGUUAAAUUUUUACUCCUACAGCUUCUAUGAAGCUAGUUAGAUUAUAUCAAAAUCACUGACCCUGAACGGGACUGUCGCCGUUACAGAUCGGAUGUUAUCAAGAUGGGUUGUUUGGACAUCGCUUAAAUCACAUAACUUCAUAACUCUAUAGAAAAACACAACCGGCUUUAAAUGCACAUAAACCUCGAAGACACCACCACCACCAAUGGUAGCCACUCUACUUAACUUUGGCCAUGAUUGUCUCCGCUCCUCGAAUAACAUCCACCUGAGCAGCUCGCGCCUUGACAGCGUUGAGCAUACUUCUCUCAAAGUCGUCACGAGAGCGCAGCACAGCUUCUACCCAGCUGAUCUGCAUGUCCCAGUAAGCCGCCUUGAACGCGGCAAACUCAUCCGGCAAAGCAGCCUUAUCUACAGAAAGCAGUCCCAAGAACGGCUCUGUGACGCGCCAUGUGUCUUUGAUGGAGGAGCCCACAUCCGGGUUGGGCAAGUUGGAGAAGUAGUCAAACGCCGUGGCAAUAUCGUUGAAGAGCUUGUCGCGGAACGGAUCUGUGCGGCGGAACUUGGCACCCUUGUUGCGAACAGAUGAGAGGUACCGCGACAACAGUUCGUCCGAGAAGAUUUCGAUAAAGAUGUCCACCAGAGAAUGGUGUAGAACAGACUUGUACUCGUUGACGUAUUCUUCGAGCGUCACAACAAUCUGCUUCAUAACCGUGGUCGAGUACCACUUCUGUGUGAAGAAGUCGGGCAUGACGGUCUUAAAGUCGACGGAGAAGACGAGAUGGGCAAACUUGUUGAUGCACCACGUACUGAAAUCGACGUACCCAUCGCGGAGCGCAUUCAUCUCCUGCUCAGCACGCUCGAGGUACUGCGGUGUAACGUGCUGCUCAAACUUUUGGCGGAAGCUCGACAGGUAGCCUAGCCUACUGUCAUCUUCGCCGUCGUCGAUGCAUGCAAUCUGGUCGUUGGCUGUGGCGACAAGCCAAUCCUGCAGCGCUUGGAAGCCCUCGAGAUCGGGUACUUUGCCUGUCUCGUACCGCAGACACUCCGCCUCAAGCAUGUGCUGCCAUGAUUGCUGGCGAUUGCGCAAUCUGAUAAACAUGGCGUCAAUGACACCCUCUACGACGUCGGCACGCUGUGAGUUGAUGGCUGCAUCGACUUGCUCGCGGAGCAUGCGCCACAGAGCCACGAGGUUCUUGGUGCGGAAGUAACCGUACUCGUCCUGAUCGAGAUUCGAGCCCUCAACGUUGCGGUCGGCAAAGUCCUUGCGUUCCUGGGCAAAGAUUCGUUCGAUCCAUUCGUCGAGGAACUUAAUAAUGAGCUGUCUAAAGUCGCGGACAAGCUCGGCUUCUCGGUUGUCUACUACGUGCGGGAUAAGAUCUUCUUGCAGGAAGCCCAUCUUGGCCAUCUUCUUGUAGUACUUCUCGGGGAAGCUGAUAAUCUCGAGCGUGUGCGCAGAGCUGCCUUCGGGGUCGUCGACCAUGCCAACGAGGAAGUCGUGCAUCAGCUGGUGGUACAGGUCGGCAUAGGUCUUGGCAAUCUUCCAUCUCCUAGGCAUCAGCGGCGUCAUACCAAUCUUGACGGCAUUGAGGUCGUUGAAGAACCACUUCAUAAUCUUCUCUAGCUUCUUGGGGUCGUCGAGGAACUCCUCUCUAGCCUGGUCAAACUGCUGCUCGCAGCUGAUUUUGAUGGCCUGCAUGAACUUGUCCUUGUAUCCACGGACUUGCUUCGCUCCGUCUGUGAUGCCCUGGAAACGCGAUGCCAUCUCCUUGUGGUCCUUGAGCGCCUCUUGCAAGGCCAAAACUCGCUGAUCACUCUUCUCUUCGGCUUCCAUGACGACGGCAAACCGCACCACCAGCCCAUUGUUGUCAUUGACGACGAGAUUGAUCAAGUUCAUCGCAACAAUUCCCACAUGCUCGUCAAACCAGUCAAUAAUAUCGUCCAGUCUCGCAAAGUAAUCUUCCAACGUAGCCUCCAGACUGGAAUCGUCGGCUCGCUGAAUCUGCUCCAUCGCGUCGUCUCGAAUGUUUCGUAGCUGUGUGAGCUCGUAGUGGCAAGGUAACAAAUUCGGCAUAUUUUCUUUGUCGUCGUCAUUCUCCCGCAGCAUAUUUUCCACGACUCCUAGGCGCUUGUCAAAGGUUUCGAGGUUAUUCCGCAUCGUCUCGACGGCGACAAAGUUUCUGUGAGCUUGGGAGACCAGGUUAAUGCUGGCGAAAUCCUUGAUCAUGGUCUGUGAUUCGGAACACAGUCUGUCGAUAUUCAUCAUCUCGUCUUUUAUCAGCUGCACCGUUCGCUGGCCGUCUGUGAGGCCCGUCAUGCCAGACUGUGUUCUCUCCAGCUGCUCACGCAGCCCAUUGCGCAGCUGGCCAUCAAUGGCGCUCUUCUUGCGCGCGAAUUCUUGUCGCAGCGACGGGAUCUUGUCGAGAUCAUCGGGGUGCCGCAGCAAAUCCGACAGUUUUGGUGCCGGGGCGUCAUCCAUUUCAGCGAUGCUCAAUGCAGACCAUGGCGCGGAUGCGUGUGCGUGUGGUGCAGGCGCGGGGAUGGAGCGGGUGGCAAGCUGGGCGUUGUGAUUGGGUUCUAAAGGUAAUUCGUCCUUGGUAUAUCUCGUAGUCGUCACGGUCGCCCGUCGUUUGUGCGUGCGUUGUCGGCUGCUGCGUGAUGUUGUGAUGUUGACAAAGGGCAAGCUGCCUCCUAGUGGCGCUGUGUUGUCUUUCUGCCUACCCCAGACAAAGCAACAGGCAAGGCCCCCACUAGACAUAGUGAGAAGUGCAGGUCUACCAACGUGUGUAUCUAGAAAUCUCAUGAACAAAUAAGAUAAAAUAUUCAAAUAAUCUUAAUAAGUUUACAAGAUAUUUCUAUCAUCUCAAGGCAUUAAUUGGGGUAGUUACUGCCAUCAAGGUCGCUCAAUGCUACGUGCUGUGUGGUUCAUGCUAAGGCUGUUCCUUUGUACAUUCUUCUGUGUCAGCUACUCCGAGUCCUCGGAAUCAGAUCCAGAAGAGCUUGUUUCGCUAUCCUGGUCAGAGUCGCCGCUCUCAUCUUCUCCUAAGCUUUGUUCAUCAAUCACUUCUCCAGUCUCCAACCCAACGCCCCCCUUACUGAUACCCUCAUCGCCAGAAGCGCCAGAGUCGUCUUCACCACCCCUUCCAUUACCAUGUUUCUGCUUCUUGCGGGCUCUGAAUUCACCUUUAUUCUCACUUCCAUCCUUUCGCUUAGUUCCCUGCUCCGGCAUCAAAGCCUUCUCGCCAAUAACAAACCCAGUUGGGAUAGCAUCGCCAGCGGGCAGGACAUAAAUAGUCGGAAACUCGAGCACCCUUGUGUUGGCCAGAAUAUCUCGCAGGCAAUCAUCCGGAUCAAUCUGAGUUAGAGUUGUUGGUAGGCCAGAUUGAUUCUGAGGUCGUCCAAGGUAAAACUGAAACUGCUUCCGCUUCUCUUCAGGCCACAUAUCUAGACCUCUCCCAUCAUGAACUGUCCAAGUGCCCGUAUACGGAUCCUGCAUGCAGCCUGGAGAUGAAUACCAUCGCGAGCUGUGAUAUGUAUCUGAUUUCGAGCCAUCGGGCUUCGGGGUCUUGAGAGCCGGCCGGUGUUGUAGCCUCGUGUCGGCAUCGCGCAUAGCUCGGUAUGCGAUGUAUAUCGGGGUAUCGUCCAUGCACUUGGCCAGGUUUCGCACAAUGAAGCCUUUAUCAGAAUUUGAAACCGACAGCCAUUCCACCUGCCAAUUAAUGCGGCCUGUCCGUCUAUUCAGUGUCGUCAGGUUCUCCUUCUGUCUUGACAUGCCAGUCGGGGCGCAGAGCAUGCCAAUGUUGUACUUUUUGAGCUUCUGCGAUAGAAAUCUCUCAAAUACACGGCCCUUUGGUUCUUUGAAGACUUUGGUCACCAAAACUUUGCGUUUCUUGCCGUCCCGGCCCGUCUUCCAUCGCACCUCUUGCGUCGUCGCUGGCCGCAGCUCCUGGGCCUGUACCAGCGACUUGUCGCCCACCAGGACCUUUUCUUUGCGGUCCAACGACAUUUCUAUGCCAUGUAAAAAGUUGUAAUCGUGGUCAACGCCGGCCGGAGUUCGUAGCUUCGAGGGGGGGAUGUAUGCUGUCGCGUCGCGUUCGCCGCUGCACUCUGCCCAAGCUUUGUGCUUCUUGAUGCACGCCAGCGAGCAUGUCUGCAUGUUGCAGCGCGGGCAUUUAUAUUUUGGUGUUGACACAUGGCAGAUUGCGCAUAACGAUGUGAGCAUAGGAUCCGCCAUGGCUGUGAGAGGCUGCGCCGCUAAAUUUGCAGCUGUCGGAAUGACUCAAAGAUUGAAGUCGUUGCGACGCAACUUUUUAAUGGGGACGGCAUGGC